AUGUUGGCCCUUCGCUGCGGAACCUGUCGAUAUCGUCGCAUCUCCUGCGAUGGCGCUCAACCUGCCUGCUCGCCCUGUCGGGCCGUCGGUUUCAACUGCUCCGGCUACGACUACGCCGCAUCGCCCGGCGCCAACGGAGGAGACAGGCGCGGCGUCUUGACACGACUGCACCCGCAGUCCGUUCCGGACAUGUUGGAAGGCGGAAUUGCGUAUGAUCCAAUGCCGCAGCUCUACAAUGAAGCUCAAAUUAUUUUUGAUGGAGUCCAUUAUUGUGAGUAG